ACCUCCGGUAAGUGUUCUGUGUACUUUGCCAAUAUGUUAGUGAAAUCAUGGCGAAGCACAUAACGAUUUGGCUGCAGUAUGGGCACUUACGUUCAGCUAAAGCAGGAGGACUACUCUGAGGAGGAUAGUGAUGUAGGGAUGAUGUCCACUGUAAUUUCGUCGGGCAAGGCUUCCUCGCUAUCGGUCGAGGAAGUUUUAAAACAAUUUCGGAGUGAUCCGUUACUUGGUUUGAACAACGAUGAAGUUGAGAGAAGGAGAAAGCUUCACGGGCUAAAUGAAUUCGAUGCGGUUGAGGAUACCCCGCUUUGGAGGAAGUACAUAGAUCAGUUCAAAGAGCCCAUGAUAAUAUUGCUUCUAGCAUCAGGGCUGGUUAGUGUAAUAAUGGGACAAUAUGAUGAUGCUGUCAGUAUAACAGUGGAAUACAGGUCUGAUAAGUCAGUGGAAGCUAUCAAGAAACUGGUUCCUCCAGGGUGUCACUGCAUCAGGGAAGGAAAAGUAGCAGACUUUCUAGCUCGAAGUCUGGUCCCAGGGGAUCUAGUUACCAUAUCAGUAGGAGAUAGAGUUCCAGCAGAUUUAAGGCUAGUAGAGGCUAUAGAUUUAAAAAUAGAUGAAUCAAGUUUUACUGGGGAAACUGAACCAGCAUGUAAAACAUCUGAGGAAGUUCCCCCUUCCAAAUCCAGUGGAGGUGUCUCUGAAAGAAGAAAUAUUGCUUUUAUGGGUACUCUAGUUCGCUGUGGACGUGGCAAGGGCAUUGUCACGGGGACUGGAGAAAAUUCAGAGUUUGGUGAAGUGUUUAAAAUGAUGAAAGCAGAGGAGCCACCAAAGACCCCUCUUCAAAAAAGCAUGGAUAUCUUAGGGAAACAGUUAUCUUUUUACUCUAUUUGUAUCAUAGCUCUUAUUAUUCUUUUGGGGUGGCUGCAACACAGAGCCAUUUUAGAGAUGUUUACUAUUGGUGUCAGCUUGGCUGUAGCUGCCAUCCCAGAAGGUCUCCCCAUUGUAGUAACUGUUACUCUUGCUCUUGGUGUGAUGAGAAUGGCAAGAAGAAAUGCCAUUGUAAAAAAGCUACCAAUUGUGGAGACUCUUGGAUGUGCUAGUGUUAUUUGCUCUGACAAGACUGGUACUCUGACCAAGAAUGAGAUGACAGUAACACAGAUAUUUACUGCUGAUGGACACUAUGCAGAGGUGUCUGGAGUAGGAUACAAUGGGUGUGGUCACGUAAGCAUUUCAGGCCAUAAUCUGACACCAAACACCAACUUAUCCGUUACAAAAGUAGUUGAGGUUGGUUAUAUUUGUAACAAUGCUCAAAUUCAAGAUGGAUCCCUUUUUGGCCAGCCAACAGAGGGAGCCCUCAUAGCAGUAGGGCAAAAGCUUGGUAUUGAUGACCCAAGAGGAAUGAACUUACGCACAGCUGAAAUUCCCUUUAGCUCAGAGAAAAAGUGGAUGGCCGUCAGAUACAGGCAAAAGGACAAUUCAGAAAUGUAUUACAUGAAAGGAGCACCUGAGAGAGUGUUGCAGCAAUGCACAUCAUACCAUGGACAAGGUUCUGUUGUUCCUCUGACAACGAGAGAUCUGGAGAUGUUUAACGACGCUGUGUCCGCUAUGUCAUCCAGAGGAUUAAGAGUCAUAGCCCUGGCUAUGGGAACUGAUUUACAACAGCUGUCAUUCCUGGGUAUCAUGGGUCUGUUGGACCCUCCCAGACCAGGAGUUCGUGAAGCUGUACAUACGCUGUUAGAGAGUGGAGUACAGGUUAAAAUGCUGACAGGAGAUGCGCGGGAAACUGCACUUACUAUAGCGGAAUUAUUAGGAAUUCAUGUUAAAGGAAGGUUAACGCUUUCGGGUGAGGAGCUACAAACGAUGGAUAGUUUACAAUUGGGAGACGCCAUACAACAGGCAUCCGUGUUUUACAGAGUCAGUCCCAGACAUAAAGUUGCCAUUGUUAAGGCCCUACAGCAGCGUGAUCAUGUGGUGGCUAUGACUGGUGACGGCGUAAAUGACGCAGUAGCUCUGCGCCGAGCUGACAUUGGAGUAGCCAUGGGCCGAGCAGGGACUGACGUGAGCAAGGAAGCGUCAGACAUGGUGUUAGUGAAUGAUGAUUUCUCUACCAUCCUGGCUGCUAUUGAGGAAGGGAAAGGAAUAUUUUACAACAUACGCAACUUUGUCCGCUUCCAGCUAAGCACGAGCAUUGCAGCGAUCUCGUUGAUAACAAUAUCGACGUUUCUCAAGUUACCUAAUCCUCUAAAUGCCAUGCAGAUUUUAUGGAUUAACAUCAUAAUGGAUGGUCCACCCGCUCAGAGUCUUGGCGUGGAGCCGGUUGAUCGUGACGUCAUGAAUAAGCCCCCACGAAAUGUCAAGAACCCAAUGAUUACCAAGACUUUGAUAACGAACGUUCUCCUCUCUGCGAGCCUGAUAGUGACUGGUACAUUGUGGGUAUUUUGGAGAGAGAUGAGAGAUAACGUCAUCACUCCACGUGAUACCACCAUGACAUUCACGUGCUUUGUGUUCUUUGACAUGUUCAACGCGCUCAGCUGUCGUUCACAGGUGAAGUCUAUUUUUCAAAUUGGUUUCUUCACAAACCGUAUGUUCCUGUACGCUGUAGGCGGAUCUCUUAUGGGACAGAUGUUAGUUAUUUACUUUCCUCCUCUUCAAGCAGUGUUUCUCACCGAAGCUCUACAUUGUAUGGACAUUUUCUUGUUACUGUGUGUAGCCUCCUCUGUUUUUCUUGUGGACGAGAUCAGGAAAAUGGUAUUAAGAACGCUUGCAAGACGCAAAGAGCCUCCUAGGGAUUUCCAGUUUUUUGUUUGACAAGUGGAACGUUAUCUCAAGGAAUGGAGCAAAACGUUGGUGUUGAUUGAACGGGUUAAACAUUCACAGUUCAAACCAAUGCGUAGCAGAUGGAAAGGAGCCUCGAUUUCGUUAAUUAUUUGAGCCCGUGGUGGUUCGCCUAUGGUCAGUGGGGUUGUGGUACAACAUAUAUGGGCUUCCAAUCCUUGUUCUGUUGAAUGGUUGUUGAUCAAGCAAUACGAAAUAGGAAUCUUAGUUAAUGGCUGCAAAUGUCCACGGCUAUAGUUAACCAUUGAAAAUCUUCCGUGGAGUGAUUGAAAUUUUGUGUUAACUUUUGGUAUCCGUACAUCAAACUACUACAUGAACAGCUACUUAAAGGUUUAUUGAAUAGUAUUCUUAUCUUCGACUGUUUCUUGUCUCAAUUCAGACCACUUGACUGCACUAUAGUCUUCCAUCGGCUCCUUUGCCUUUCUCAAAAUAGUUACAUACAGAUGAGUAUAAAUCAUUUUAAGAUGGAGAAAUGAAAAUUCAAGCAAGAUCACAUGGUCGAGCUUGUCCCAGGUUUCCUAGCUUUUCUCAAUGAAGAAGUCAGUAGAAAAGAGCAGAUUUGUAUGCUCACAAAAAAAAAUGAAAAAAAAGACGAUGCUCAGGAAAAGAAAUAGCCGUAUCCCUGAAAACCACCGUGUGACCGUGCACUGGCCCCUUGUUGGUCUCUGUUGACUCCGAGCCAGGUACACCACGCGUGGUCUGAAUUGAGCUUACAAAACGGUUUUCUUAUCUGAGAUCUUCUCGACUAACUAAGUUAAUAGUUUCCAAAUGCGAGAUCGUUGGCAAGCCAACGCGGCCCCUUUGCAUAUUACCAUUUCUGUAGUGGUAAAAGACAAUUGAUAGUGAAUUAUCUGCAACCAGGUCGAGACGUUAUAGAUUAUAUUACGUUUGAUGAUCGAAUAGUCAAAUUAAGGUGUAAAUAUACUAAAAUGAAAUAACCUUCAGAGGGUAGAAAAAUACUGUAACAAUUUUAUUUCAUUCUAUUGCUCGUUGUCCCGCAGCGAGACUUGUAUCAACUCGUUCCUUUGAGUACAUAAAUCUACUUGAGCGCGCAUGGUAUUAUUUUGAAUCAAGAAAUAGCGAAAAUAAUAAGAAUUAAAUUUUCCUUUUUUUUUAUAUACUCUAUAAAAUGAAGAAUUUAACUUCCGUUUGCACGGCCUGUUAGGUUGAAUUUUCAAAAUAGAUAUGAGAGAAAAAAAAUAUUGUAAAAGUAGAGAGGUUUAUGUUACCUAAUGGUUGCGACUAUGCUCUUUGAUUAAAACGGAUUUUCUUUGGA